AUGGAGCAGCCGACCACGCAAAUCCCCAAGCGUUGCAAAGCAUCCGGCGCGCUGCCAUUCUUUGGUGUGGUGGAAAAGCUCCCAGUCGAUUUGCUGAUCGGCUGGCGAGUGUCUUUGCCUUUGAACGUCUUGUGGUCCAAAACCGCAAUCUGCGAUAGUCUUUUUUCCCCCGAUGCUGCGAUCUUGCAAAUCAAGGUACACUACAACGAUGUCUAUUCCGCGGUCACACGUGCAGAAGAUGUGGAAUCUCUACCUGAGGGAACCCAUGUGGUUGUAGCUGCAGCUCGAGAAUCCACAGAUGCAGGACACCAGGCAAUGCUUUGGUAUUUGGAACCGGGAAAAGCGUUCGGUUUCGCAGACCAGAGCGAGCAGCGCACCGAACGCCGUCGGGGCGCCGACACGGCAGAGGGACAUUUGCGUCUCAGUUGGCAUUUGGAUGGCCAUGGAGGAUAUCGAGCUGGAUGCACAGAGUGCCUCAAUCACGACAGCUGCUGGCGGAAGCUCAUCUUUAGGAAAGACAUCAGUCGGUCAGCCACUUGGUUGAUGCAAGCAGAGCCUUGCAUGGGUCCUGCUCGCGAUAGAGAUAUGUUUGGCAGCUAUGCGACCUUGAUGUGUGACGACGGCUUCAGACAGGUGCACCGUUGCCUUCUCCGAUGCCGAUGUCCUGCUGCUUACAGGAAGGAGACGACUCAAAUCUACCUGCCAGGUGUCUCAGCAACAGCUUUGAGGGACUUGAUCGCUUAUCUCUACGGAGCCUUGUUGCCCUGGGAGCACGAGCAAGACUCGGACUCAAAGGCAGUGCAUGGGCGCGUGAUGGCCCUUGCAGAUGCUGCAAACUUCUUGGAGCUCGAGCCUUUGGCACGAAUCUGCAAAGCCUGGUGCAGCGAGGGUGAAGCAUCUGGUCACGGACGUUGGUCAGCUUUGCUGCCUGGAAUGGUGCUUGGCCAUGGGACCCCCGGCGCUGUACUGGAGGACGAUUUGGCCAUGCUAUUGAAGGAACUGGAUGACGACGACUCCGAUGAAGACCAAGUCACUGUAAUUCUCGGACGGCCCAUGGAUGACAGCCAAGCCGCAUCAGCACGUGCUCAUGCCUUGCUGCUCUGCACCCGCAGCGGAUUUUUUGCAAGGGCGUUGAGUGCGGGUUUUAUAGAGCAAGAAAGGCGAGUUGUGCACUUGGGUAUUGUGGAGGAGCUGGGGCUGUGGAGGCCCGGCGAGGAUCCGAGCUACGUAUUGGGUGCUUUCCAUGCACUGGUCCGGUACUUCUACACCGGGCGUCAUGAGGUGGAGGCGCGCUUUGCUCUAGAUCUAUUGGCCCUCCUGGAAGGUGAUUUCCUCCAAUUGGAGAGCACAACGGAAGCGCUGUCAGCGACUUGUGAGGCUGCUGCGCUUGCAGCGCCGCUGGAGGAAAUCGGGGUUGUUGCCGCAAGAGCUCACCACUUGGGCUUUCUGGAUCUGGCAGAGGACAGUCUUCGGCGCAUGGCCGGCAUGCUUGACACGGCCAAGGCUGCACGAGAGGCCUGUGCUUCCAUGCCGCAAGAACUGCUGGUUGAGCUGCUCGCGCUUCUGGUGGAACAAACUCCGAGCCGGUAA